GAUAAAUCGGAAACGAGGUGAAAAUAGUCUCGGAAAAUACAAACAAAAAAGCGGCUCAAUUUACCAUUGUCGCUCUAUCUAUCUGCUAUUUACGAUAUAGACAAGAGAUAUGCGUGGCUUGGAAGAGAGUGGAGACACUCUCAGUCACCUCGGCUACAAUGCUAGAGAUCGUAUAGGCCAUGCUUGGCAAGGCUUUGUCGAUUUUGCGAUGCGAGAAAAUGUACUGGAGGUCGCAAUUGGUUUAAUGAUUGGCCAAGCUUUUACCAAGGUUGUUACAUCUUUCGUCUCCGAUGUGAUACUUCCGAUAAUUUCUUUACUGCCUUUCAUUCAUCGAAAUCUUGAUGAGAAAUUCGCGGUUCUGAAACAGGGGCCAAAUUUUGACUCAGAACGGGGCUACAACACGCUCGACCAGGCCCGUAGUGAUGGGGCUCUUGUUAUGGCUUACGGGGCUUUUUUAAAUAAUAUCAUUAGUUUUCUUGGCGUGGGCAUCGUACUAUAUGGACUCGCCCAUUUCUAUGUUUUGAUCUCACAUGACGGGUCCAUGAUCAAGAGAAUGGUGAAGUGCAAGUAUUGCAAGAAGUGGAUAAACCGCAAGGCACAUCGAUGUGUAAACUGCUCUAGCUGGCAAGACGGGAGGGAAGAGAUUAGACCGUCAAGCUCUGAAAGCGAGGGUAACUAA